GAUGCGUACGAGCCGAUCAAUUCGUUCUCGAAUGGAAAUCAUAAGUAAUGAAGUAAGGAAAUUGAAUGCGUGCUUGAGACAAGUAGAGAAUCUGAAUCCAAGUGGUGCUUCAGAUGAAGAUAUUUUAGUUCGAGCAAAGAUGUUAUUUAUGCAAGAACCAAAGUACAAAAAAGGUUUCAAAUUUGAUCAUGUCUGGAAUAUGGUUAAAAAUUUUGAAAAAUUCAAAGAUGAUGUCCCCACAGCAAGACAAGUUGGUCGAAGACAAUCCCAAAGUGUGAACUUCGACUCGUCACAAUCAGAUAAUCCCACUCCGGAAUCUCCUAUAUCAACAUCUCCUGGACUGUCAUCAUUUACUCCAUCUGAACGACCUAUUGGGGUAAAAAAAGCUAAAUUGAAAAGGAAAAAUGAUGAUCAUGAGUCAAGUGUAGUGGACUCCAUCGAGACCUCCAACAAUCGACUUAUAGACAGGUUAGACAAGGCGAGCUUGGACAGGCAAGUAGCGUUUGAUAUCGAACGAGAAAAGAUAGCCAUGAAAAAAGAUAGAGAUGAAUGGAAAAUUAUAAUGAAAGAUUUGAAUUCCAUUGCUGAUCCAAACGUGCGUGAGUACGUUCGAGCUCAACAGAUUAAAAUAAUACAAAAAAGAAAUCAACAAGAACAAGGGUCUGCUUCUAAUUUUGGCAAUUAUUUCAAUGAUAUUGGACACUCUGGCCCCGAUCUACCAGAUUAUUGAGAGUUGCUUGUCCAUCUCAGGAAAUGUUCUAUGUUUAGUUUGUAUUUU